CUUCACCAUUAGUGGAGCAUGGAACUUGAACGCAUCGCAUCCACCGAAAAGUCUCAACCUACUCACUCAAGCAGGACGAUCCAGAUAACCCAAAACCCUAACUCGACACUUUCUUUUGUGACGCAAACGUAAACGUGAACGCUUUCAUUUCAGCCUCAGCCUCAGCCUCAGCCUCGAAGGAUUCUGGAGCUGCUCUCAUCAAAUCAGAACAGAGAGAAAUGAGAUCAGAAGGGGCGAAGAUGUAUCGGGAUCUUGUGAAGGCGGUGAAGAAACAUAUUGGUAAAGAAGAUAGCAAGACACAUUUCUUACAAUUUGUAUCCUCCGAGUUCCGUAAGAACCGUAAUGUCUCCGAUCCGGUGGCUCUCCAACACAGAAUAAAGCUUGCACGUGAUUAUACUUACCUGCUUAACGGUGUACACCAUCACAAGGAUUUGCUUUUCUCAUACAAUAUCGCUGUGGAUAGGUCAGAUGAAGUUAAAAGGACUCUUGGAAAAUCUGCUGCUAGUGUUGGUCUUCAGCUUCCUGAAGUUUAUCAGUCAUAAUUAUUGCCAGUGUCUUUUUUUUCAUGUGUGGAUCAUGCCUUUGUUAUACUGCAGAGAAGGGGGCAACUGAAUUGAAACCUUCGUUAGUUUUCAUACAUUUUUGGUAAUUACCUGCAAAAUAGAUUUUGAUUGGUCGAUAGUUUCUUCUGAAUGAAAAGGGUUUCGUAGCUAGCUGUUUGUCCAGAAUGAAAAUUUAUGAAGAAAUAGAGGAAUAAGGCCCUUUCUAACAAGAACUAUUAUCAUUGUGUUAUGUGUAAUAAAUUUUGUGACUUAGUUUCAUCAGGGUAAGGUUUUGUCUUUCCAUGUUUCUUCAUAGAAACUAAUUCCUUUUUCUUCUUGCCCAGUUAUCUUCUUUGGGGCACAAUGUGGUUUUCAGGAUUACUAUGAGUUUCUUUUACAGAUUUUAC